CGUCGUCUGCUGGUCUGCUUGCAAGGACAAAAGCGAGGUGCUCUCAUCGAAGAACUCAAACUCGAACUUGGCAGCCACUUACACGGUAUUUUGUAGAUCAGCAUGUCUUUCAAGGACGGGAUCCCGCUACUCAAGACGCUGGACGACGAAGAGGACGGGUCGGACGACGACUUUAGCGUGGAGCUGGCCAGCGCCUCUCGCCACAAGUGGGGACGGAAGCACCUUCUCUUCGGGCUCGGGCUGGGCCUGGUCGUGUUCGUGGUCGUGGCUCUCAUCGUGGCCGUUGCGGUCCCCGUCGCUCUCCUGCAGGGAGGAGGCGGUGGGAGCAAGGCGGGAGGAGGCAGCACCGAUGCAAGCGAAACAAGUUCCAUCUCCCCGUCUGUUACCGUGAGUCUUCUCCAGUAGCUAUCAUACCAUCACAAGCUCCACCGGUUCGGAAGUCUGUCUGCAUAGCCUAGUUUACUGCUCAUAUCUGUUGAAUUAUGGUCCUCGCUGUGUUCCUUAUAAUGUUGCAGGUAUCCUCGUUCUCUAUAUCCCCCACUCCCUCCCCUUCUUCGACGUCUAUAUCCCCCACUCCCUCCCCUUCUUCGACGUCUAUAUCCCCCACUCCCUCCCCUUCCCCCAACGACCUCAACAGCUACAAGCCGACGUCCGACGACCGACAGUACGACUUUCUCGUCCUCUCCAACUCCCUACGAGUCGUCCUCAUCUCCGACCCCAAAUCAAACGUGUCGGCUGCGUCCAUGGAGGUGGCAGCCGGUUCGUUCAGUGACCCGCCGGACGCAGAAGGCCUCGCUCACUUCUGCGAGCACAUGCUCUUCCUCGGCACGGAAAAGUACCCCAACGAACACGAAUACUCAAACUACCUCACCGCACACGGCGGCGGGGACAACGCCUUUACCUCCACGCAAGAGACAAACUACUAUUUUACGGUCGAUUCAAAGUACCUGGAAGAGUCGCUGGACCUUUUCGCCCAGUUUUUCAUCUCCCCACUGUUCAAGAACAGCUCGGUGGCUGACGAGGUGCACGCCGUCAACGCAGAGCACGAGAAAAAUCUUCAGUCGGACCCGUGGAAGUUGUGGCAGCUGCUCAAACACGUCUCGAACCCGCAGCACCCGUUUCACCAGUUUUCGACCGGAACUCUCUCUACGCUCAACAAUUCGAAUCUCCUGGACCUGCUGAAGACGUAUUACAGCUCCAGUUACUCUGCUAACACAAUGCAACUAGUUGUCUACGGGAAGGACCCUCUCCCCACUCUGACCAGUUGGGUCGACACGUCCUUCUCCUCAGUCCCAAACCGCCACAUCUCCCCACAGACCUUCGCGGCCACUCCCUUCCCACAGGAAUACUCACAGAAAAUGGUGUUCUACUAUCCAGUCGCCGAUACAAACUCCCUCUCACUCUACUGGCAGACCGCUCCCCUCGACCCUUACUAUCGCAACGACGUCGUCGAAUUCCUGUCCCGUUACCUCGGCUACGAGGGAGAGGGGAGCAUUCUGCAGUACCUCAAGAGCGAGUCACUGGCCGUUUCUCUCUCGGCGGGGUUAGAGGUCAGCGCUGACUCCUUCUCGCUGUUUCUUGUCGGCAUAGAGUUGACGGAGAAAGGUCUGGGGAGAGUGCCGGAUAUUGUGAAGACUGUCUUCCAGUUCAUCAGCCUCCUAUCGAGCCGGUCGGAGUACUCAGAUGAAGUCACUGUGGGAUAGUCACGUGGCAGUGUCCCGGGUUGUCUUUGACCACAGUGAGCCCGAGCAGCCCAGCGACUACACCACGCACAUCUCACAGAGGAUGAGAUUGGUCAAAGAGGCGCCCGAUUUCCUGGGGAACCCCCGUCGUUUCGCAUUUAAUUACUCCCUCGUUGAGUCGGUGCUAGACACUCUGACUCCGGAGAGACUCGUCCUGUUCCUCGGCACUCAUCACCUCAACUUUUCUUCAAGUGGUCUCGGUCCUCCAGAUGAUAACCCACCCCCGGAACAAAACUCCUCCCCCAUCAAUUUUCCCUGGCCGGAACUGGACCAGAAGGAGCCAAUAUACUCCACUCCUUUCUCCAGUAUCGACACCCCGCCUGAGUUGUUGGAGUACUGGGGUAGUUUGACUCCGGUCCCACAGAACUUGUCUCUACCGGGGAAGAACCAUUUCAUCCCGACUGACUUUGGCCUCCUCAAGCCACCUUCCAAUCUCUCUGACACUCCUUCUAGGGUCUCUGUCGCAAGCAAAGGGGUGUCGCUAUGGUUCCUGCAAGACACCACAUUCGAAACUCCUCACGUCAACAUGUACUGCUCUAUAACCGCUGCCAACCCAGACAGUGACUCUGUCAGAUGGAUUGAGCUGACAGUUCUCUAUGCACAAAUGGUGGUCGAGGUCCUUACCCCAGUCCUCUACCCUGCGGCGGAACUGACCUACUCCAUGGGGCUCUCCGCCACACCCCAAGGACUCCAACUGACAUUCUCCGGGUUCAGCGACCCCAACAUCAUGACGAGAUACAUUGGCAACACUGUCCUAAAGAUGAAGGAUUAUGAUGCACUGGUAAAGGUGUUUGACAUUGUUCGGGAGAAGAGGCGGGAUUUCCUGGAGAACUACAAGUACAGCAACCUUCCUUACCGCUACAUCUACAACUACAUCCAACAAGUGGUAAUGGAGCGACCGUACUGGAAGCUGGAGGAGGAGCUGGCUGUAGUGAAUGAUGUCAAUAUUACAGCCGAUGAUGUCAUACAGCACGCGGUGAAGCUAUUCACAGAUGCCUCCUUCCUGUGUUUUGCACACGGGAACAUUAAUCAGGAGUUGGCUAGAGAGUACACGAUGUUAGUGAGCGACACUCUCACUCCAUCUCCCUCGGCCUCACUGCUGCCUCCUAGCGGCGGUUACCAGAGACAGAGGGUGACCCUCGCGGACCCGGGCAGCUACAGCGUGACCCUACCCACCCUCAACCCCAGUGACAAGAACUCUGCCGUCAAUGUCGUCUUCCAGGUUGGUCCUCCGUGCUCUGCGCCUGGCUCAUCUGCAGGGUCUCCCUGUGAGGAGCAGUACGUCUCUGCCACCGCACACCUAGGACUCAUCGAUCACAUCAUUGGAGACCAGUGUUUCUACCAGCUGCGCACAGUGGAGCAACUCGGCUACGUCGUGUUCUGCUUCCAGACCGCCAACUCUGGCAUCACCUCCUUCCAGGCAGUGGUCCAGAGCCAAGAGUACAAUGCCUCCUACGUCCUCGGUGAAAUCGACAAGUUCCUCGAGGAUUUCGAAGUCUCGACGAUAGCCAACUUCACGGAUGAGACACUCGCCGCUAGCAAGGAGCUGUACGCUAGAACUCUGAGGAAAAAGUCGCAGACUCUGAGGGACGAGAGCGACAGGCUGUGGGGCGAGAUUUUGAGCGGUCGGGAGCAGUUUGAUUACAACAGUCAACUGCUCGGGGCGCUGGAUUCAAUCACACCAGAGUCACUGAGGAAGUUCUACAGACACCACAUGACGGACCCGGCACAGUACAAGAAGCUAGUGGUGGGGGUAUAUGGAGCUGAUAGCCCGGUGGAUCUCUCCCAAGACUCUUCCUACUGCAUAGACUGGGAAACAACAGACCACAGUGUCCUAGAAUAUAACGCAAAUAACAGCAACUGCUCGCAGUCGUUGACGUUGUGAUACAUGUUCUUUAUUAUUAUUUGUCGUCUUAUUUCUUUUCCGUUCUUGUACGUACAAUGACGCAGACAAUCAUGAAAUUUCUCUUCUUUAUUUAAAAAAACAACAGAAGGAAGAACUUAGGAACAGCUAUACAUAAUACAAAGAGUGGAUGUGUGGGAAUUGAAAAGGACUGCAUGUGUUGGCCUUUGACAAGUGUUGGGGAUUCACGAUCAUCGAUUGCUGGCUGCGGUGCAUCAAAAGAGGAAGCAGUAUAUACACAGUGUUCAAACCCGGAGUAUCUCCAGCUUGUCUCUGUAGCAGAUGGCUAUCCAGUCAGGUUGGGAGGAAGACCACUGGAUCUAAGGUGAGGAUACACAGGCCGAGGGUACAUAAUUAUGGCAGUUUAUGCUCCACAGUGGAACCUCCGAUAGGGGACCCUCUG